ACUAUAUGGUAAAUUAAUUAUUGUUUGAAGUUAUGACAACAACGACGACAAUUCUUCAUACAAUAAAUGUAUCAAAUGCUUCUAUUGACAUUUGCAUUACGCAGCUGGAACCGAAACUGUAUCAAAUCACGACUAUUGUUACAACCAUUACAAUAUUAGUGAUAUGCAAUUCGUUCCUCUUGGUCGCUAUUGCCACAAACUGGACAGUUUUGCGUCAAAAUGUAGUAAACAGAUAUCUUACCAGCUGUUUGGUAUCUACAAUAGUGUUUUGUCUUCUGUCGUUGUAUGAAACGCUUCAUAGCCUAUUUCAUUGGGACAACAUUUUUGUAGAUGGAGGAGUGCUUCAAAGGUAUAAUACCAGCGAUGAGUCUCAUCAUUCUCUCAUGCAACGUGAUGCGUAUUUGAAAGUGUCAAUACCUGCAAUGCUUCUUGUAUCUCAGCUGAACAUUGCGGCUUUAAUAUACGCUGUCAGUGACAGCACUAACUUUGUAGGUCGAUAUAUCGAACCUCCUGCAUUUCGCAGUCCGAUGCGAAGCAAUAAUAAAACGACAACAUGGUUUAUGAGGUUACAACAACUCAAAUGGAAACGUUUCAAAUCCGACUUUCUUAUAAUUCUUGCUUGGAUGGUUCCAAUGAUAUUGUCAAUCCCAGUUCCGUUUGUGUGGAAUUGUUUAAGUUAUUGCAGAUGCCUGCCUAUGUACAGAGAUAUGCCAGUUUGCAUUCCACCUCCAGAAUAUGGAAUAGCUUGCAUGAGAAUGUGGCCACCGUUGACUCGAAGUUAUGUGAUAACAUUUACAUCGAUAUAUUUUAUUGCAAUGGUAGCAAUGUUUGGAUUGCUGAUUUCUACCAUUUGUAAGUUUUGCAAGAUGUAUACACCCAGAAAAUCAGAUACAAGAACAGAAACGAAAACCGAAAUCAAACAAUUCCGGAAAAAAAAUAUUUUACGACGAAAGAAUUCUAGAAAAGAAUCUUUAAAAGCAGCGAAAGAAAUCUUAAACUCAAGUGAUGAGAAGCCUGGCCAGAAAUCAACAUCUAAUUUUUUGAACAAAUCGAAUACAUUGAAUUUGAAAAGGACCCAAGUCACUGUAAACAGCAAGCGUCAACGUCGACCGCUUAGUGACACAGUGAAACUUCUUAUCGUGAUGACUUUGGCGUUGUUUUCAUCUGUAACUCCAAUGAUGCUUUUGUGCUUUUUUGAUGUUAUAAUUGAUCCAGGUCCUACGACUUCACAUUUUUCUCUCACAAUGGCAAUGACCUUCAUAUACGUUGGAUGUCUUCCAUUCAUUUUGCUCAAAUACAUGGGUGGCCUUCGUAAAGCUUGUAUAAAAAUUUUAGUAAAGUGUCCGUGUUUGCACACCACUGUUAUCAACGUCAAGCCAAGAACACUUAGACCGGCCUGGGCGUCGAACAGUAGAAGAUCUGCUAAAAAGAAACGAAGUAGUACUGCAAUAGGCACGUCUAAAAGUAUAAAAUGCUCCGAAAACGAAGAAAAUAUUUUGAAAGUAGAAGAAAACACUUCCGCCAAGCAAAAUGAAAUUGAAAACACGGCUAUGUCUACAAAUACACACCACGUAGAUGUAUACGAGGUUUUCGCAGAAAAAAUUGUUAAUGAAAUUCUUCAAGUUAUAGCAACGAAAACACCAGUCCAAGUCACUUGACUAAUAUUCGCGAUAUUCUAUACAACUAUACCCGUGAUAUAUUACUGGUGUCAGUAAGAAACACCAAUCCAAGAUAUAUCCACCAUGACAAGUGAAUGGGCUAAGGCUUUGCUUUCGAAGGAAACGUAUUUAACGAACACAAGGGUAAAUAUGUAUAUGGAUUUAUAAUACAGCUGAAUUCACGUAUUAUCAUGACGCUGACCGUCAAUAUCGCUACUCAUCAUUGGUUAGUAUUGGACAGUGAUAUAUAUAUAUGUACUUUCUCGUGAGCUCCACCUUGUAGAAUAAACUAAACGGCACAACAACGGCUAACACUUAAGUUCCUGGUAAGAAUAUUGAAAAAUGCCGAUUCUGUUAGAUAUUGUUAUGAUUUAAUUAAGAGCUUGGCGUAUGUUGAAAAUACUUAAAGUCGUGACAAAAAAAGCAGAAGCAACAAACCUCGCAAAUCAUCGUCAUGAAAAUUAACUUUCCUUUCAACUUUAAUCCAUAUUCAUCAUUGUGACUAAACGCUUUUAAUGCAUGAUCUUUCUCGAGCAUUAGUCUGUGUCUCAUAAAGUCAUAUAAUUGACCAGAAAUAAAGUUCAAACUUCAUUCAUAUUAUAUAUUUAGACAUAUCACCGAGAAAAAUAUUUAUGUUUCAUCAGAACUAUAUUUGUGUUUUAUUAAAUCAAUAUAUAUUGUUUAUUUGCAUUCUAUUUAUUGUUAAAUCUGCAUUAAAAAUAUAUAUAGCAACACCUUUUUCAUAUUGUUUAAAUCACUAGAUAAGGAAGUCACCCAUGUCCGCCGACGGUAAAUGUGAACAUAUAAACUUGAAAACCAGGCUUUACAAUAGUCUACGCUUCGUUCUCUUAAAAAAUCCCUUAAGCCCCUGAACUUUUAUUCGGACAACGGGUACUAAUUUAUAGCUUUGAUACCCUAGUCAAAUAGUUUUAAAUUUUUAAA